ACUAUGUUUAGAGCAGUAUGGCGUCAUUGCAGACCGCGUCAGUGCCAGUGGUCUGGUUCUGCCACAGUUAACAGGUAGGCAACGCCACAGUAUCGGAAGCAGCUAUAUUAUCAUGGGGCAGAGCCGGGAAGAGCGCUUCCGGUGGCGUGGUCUUGCGUUGGUGCUGCUGCUCGUGUGCCACGAGGCAGGGUGCGCUACCAGGCGGCGACGCUACUUCAACUGGCGUGGCUUCCUGCAGUGCAUUGACAACCGGUCCUGGAUGCUGCUCUCCCUCGACGGAGCCUGCGUUGCGCUCAUCAUGUACGCCACCUACCGCACCAUGCUCAACCUGGAGUGCCCAAACUGCGACCUCUACUUCCACUGCCGUGCAAACUACAACGCACUGCGCUGGUGCCGCAAGACGAAGCGGUCGAAGGAGAUGAACGCUCUGAUUGGUGGCUGCCAGAGCUUAUCCAAGCCCGGUAGGACGCCCGAACAGAAAGCGGCCGAGGAAAGAGCACGCCAGGACGGCAGGGAGCAGAAGAACUGCGCCAGCAUGUACCUCGCCAAGGCGGGAUGCUCAUACAACCCAGACACGGGCAAAUGCAUGGCCUUGCAGAAGGUUUAAAUGGCCAAGUGCACGUCCACUGUGUGUACGGACUAUACGGCUUAGAAAUUAAUAUGUGGUGGUGCAAAAACAACACGGCAGUGAUAUUAGACAGAACACCGACACCACCCUCAAUAGGCACGAAUUGUCGCUCAUCAACGAGGACGAGCCAUAUUUACCGGGCCAUACAGCCAUAUUGUCAGACGCGGAGAGAACGCGCGCGUGGCAAUAAUAAAGUUUAAUUAUUUCUC